GCGCAGCUGCCCUCGGGGAGGCGGGGCUGCUACCUCGCCCGGAGCGCCCUGGCAGGAGGGGCGCAGUCUGCGUGCAGGCGGUCGCCGGCUCUCCUGCUGCGCCUGUCGGCUUUCCAAUUCCGCCGGCUCGAAUGGGGCUAGACUAACCCGGGUUCCAGGGGCUGCCAGCGGCUGGAGGCCCCGGAGCAACAGGAGCCCAAAGAAAAAGAAGCAGCCGGGAGAGAGCGCAGGGGAGAGAGAGGCCCGCGCCCUCCCCUGGGGCCAGAUUCUGCAGGUGCACCCGGUGGGAAUGGUCGGCUGGCUAGGUCGCAAGCCUCUUAUGUGAGGAGCUAAAGAGGAAAUAAAAUAUACAGGAUGAAAAGAUGGCAAUGUUGCCUCCCCCAGGACCUCAGAGCUUUGUCCACUUCACAAAACAAUCUCUUGUCCUCAUUGAACAACGUAUUGCUGAAGGAAAAUCAAAGGAACCCAAAGAAGAAAAGAAAGAUGAUGACGAAGAAGGCCCAAAGCCAAGCAGCGACUUGGAAGCUGGCAAACAGCUGCCCUUCAUCUAUGGGGACAUUCCUCCCAGCCUUGUGUCAGAACCCCUGGAGGACCUGGACCCCUACUAUGCAGACAAAAAGACUUUCAUAGUAUUGAACAAAGGGAAAACAAUCUUCCGUUUCAAUGCCGCGCCUGCUUUAUAUAUGCUUUCUCCUUUCAGUCCUCUAAGAAGAAUAUCUAUUAAGAUUUUAGUACACUCCUUAUUCAGCAUGCUCAUCAUGUGCACUAUUCUGACAAACUGCAUAUUUAUGACCUUGUAUAACCCGCCGGAGUGGACCAAAAAUGUCGAGUACACUUUUACUGGAAUAUAUACUUUUGAAUCACUUGUAAAAAUCCUUGCAAGAGGCUUCUGUGUUGGAGAAUUCACUUUUCUUCGUGACCCAUGGAACUGGCUGGAUUUUGUCGUCAUUGUUUUUGCAUAUGUGACAGAGUUUGUGGACCUGGGCAAUGUCUCAGCGUUGAGAACAUUCAGAGUUCUCCGAGCACUGAAAACAAUUUCAGUCAUUCCAGGCCUGAAGACAAUUGUGGGGGCUUUAAUCCAGUCAGUGAAGAAGCUUUCUGAUGUCAUGAUCCUGACUGUGUUCUGUCUGAGUGUGUUUGCACUAAUUGGACUACAGCUGUUCAUGGGCAACCUGAAACAUAAAUGUUUUCGGGAUUCACUUGAAAGUAAUGAAACGCUAAAAAGCAUAAUGGAUACCCUAGAGGAUGAAGAAGACUUCAGAAAAUACUUUUAUUACUUGGAGGGAUCCAAAGAUGCUCUCCUUUGUGGUUUCAGCACAGAUUCAGGUCAGUGUCCAGAAGGGUACACCUGUGUGAAAAUUGGCAGAAACCCUGAUUAUGGCUACACAAGCUUUGACACUUUCAGCUGGGCCUUCUUAGCCUUGUUUAGGCUAAUGACCCAAGAUUACUGGGAAAACCUUUACCAACAGACUUUGCGUGCUGCUGGCAAAACCUACAUGAUCUUCUUUGUUGUCGUCAUUUUCCUGGGCUCCUUUUAUCUAAUAAACUUGAUCCUGGCUGUGGUUGCCAUGGCUUAUGAAGAACAGAACCAGGCAAACAUCAAAGAAGCUAAACAGAAAGAAUUAGAAUUUCAACAGAUGUUAGACCGACUUAAAAAAGAGCAAGAAGAAGCGGAGGCAAUUGCAGCAGCAGCAGCUGAAUAUACAAGCAUUGGGAGAAGCAGAAUUAUGGGCCUUUCAGAGAGUUCUUCUGAAACAUCCAAACUGAGCUCUAAAAGUGCUAAAGAAAGAAGAAACAGAAGAAAGAAAAAGAACCAAAAGAAGCUCUCCAGUGGAGAAGAAAAGGGAGAUGUUGAGAAAUUGUCCAAAUCAGAAUCAGAGGAGAGCAUCAGAAGAAAAAGUUUCCACCUUGGUGUUGAAGGGCAUAGGCGAGCACAGGAAAAGAGAUUAUCUACCCCCAAUCAGUCACCACUCAGCAUUCGUGGCUCCUUGUUUUCUGCAAGGCGAAGCAGCAGAACAAGCCUUUUCAGUUUCAAGGGCCGAGGAAGAGAUGUAGGAUCUGAGACUGAAUUUGCUGAUGAUGAGCACAGCAUUUUUGGAGACAAUGAGAGCAGAAGGGGCUCACUGUUCGUGCCCCACAGACCCCCUGAGAGAUGCAGCAGUAACAUCAGUCAAGCCAGUAGGUCCUCCCCAAUGCUGCCAGUGAAUGGGAAGAUGCACAGUGCUGUGGACUGCAAUGGUGUGGUCUCCCUGGUUGAUGGACGCUCAGCCCUCAUGCUCCCCAAUGGACAGCUUCUGCCAGAGGUGAUAAUAGAUAAGGCAACUUCUGAUGACAGCGGCACAACCAAUCAAAUACACAAAAAAAGGCGUUGUAGCUCUUAUCUCCUUUCAGAAGAUAUGCUGAAUGAUCCCAACAUCAGACAGAGAGCAAUGAGUAGAGCAAGCAUAUUAACAAACACUGUAGAAGAACUUGAAGAAUCCAGACAAAAAUGUCCACCUUGGUGGUACAGAUUUGCACACAAAUUCUUGAUCUGGAAUUGCUCUCCACAUUGGAUAAAAUUCAAAAAGUGUGUCUAUUUUAUUGUAAUGGAUCCUUUUGUAGAUCUUGCGAUUACCAUUUGCAUAGUUUUAAACACAUUAUUUAUGGCUAUGGAACACCACCCAAUGACUGAGGAAUUCAAAAAUGUACUUACUAUAGGAAACUUGGUCUUUACUGGAAUCUUUGCAGCUGAAAUGGUAUUAAAACUGAUUGCCAUGGAUCCAUAUGAGUAUUUCCAAGUAGGCUGGAAUAUUUUUGACAGCCUUAUUGUGACUUUAAGUUUAGUGGAGCUCUUUCUAGCAGAUGUGGAAGGAUUAUCAGUUCUACGAUCAUUCAGACUGCUUCGAGUCUUCAAGUUGGCAAAAUCCUGGCCAACAUUGAACAUGCUGAUUAAGAUCAUUGGUAACUCCGUAGGGGCUCUAGGAAACCUCACCUUGGUGUUGGCCAUCAUCGUCUUCAUUUUUGCUGUGGUCGGCAUGCAGCUCUUUGGUAAGAGCUACAAAGAAUGUGUCUGCAAGAUCAAUGAUGACUGUACGCUCCCACGGUGGCACAUGAACGACUUCUUCCACUCCUUCCUGAUUGUGUUCCGUGUGCUAUGUGGAGAGUGGAUAGAGACCAUGUGGGACUGUAUGGAGGUCGCUGGUCAAGCUAUGUGCCUUAUUGUUUACAUGAUGGUCAUGGUCAUUGGAAACCUGGUGGUCCUAAACCUAUUUCUGGCUUUAUUAUUGAGCUCAUUUAGUUCAGACAAUCUUACAGCAAUUGAAGAAGACCCCGAUGCAAACAACCUCCAGAUUGCAGUAUCCAGAAUUAAAAAGGGAAUAAAUUAUGUGAAACAAACCUUACGUGAAUUUCUUCUAAAAGCAUUUUCCAAAAAGCCAAAGAUUUCCAGGGAGAUAAGACAAGCAGAAAAUAUGAAUACUAAGAAGGAAAACUAUAUUUCUAACCAUAUACUCGCUGAAGUGAGCAAAGGUCACAAAUUCCUCAAGGAAAAAGACAAAAUUGGUCAUUUUGGAAGCAGCAUGGACAAAUAUUUGAUGGAAGAAAGUGAUGGUCAAUCAUUUAUUCAUAACCCCAGCCUCACAGUGACAGUACCAAUUGCACCUGGGGAAUCUGAUUUGGAAAAUAUGAAUACUGAGGAACUUAGCAGUGAUUCAGAUAGUGAAUACAGCAAAGGGAGAUUAAACCGAUCAAGCUCCUCAGAGUGCAGCACAGUUGAUAACCCUUUGCCUGGAGAAGGAGAAGAAGCAGAGGCUGAACCUGUGAAUUCCGAUGAGCCAGAGGCCUGUUUUACAGAUGGUUGUGUACGAAGAUUCUCAUGCUGUCAAGUUAACAUAGAGUCAGGGAAAGGAAAAAUCUGGUGGAACAUCAGGAAAACCUGCUACAAGAUUGUUGAACACAGUUGGUUUGAAAGCUUCAUUGUCCUCAUGAUCCUGCUCAGCAGUGGUGCCCUGGCUUUUGAAGAUAUAUAUAUUGAAAGGAAAAAGACCAUUAAGAUUAUCCUGGAGUAUGCAGACAAGAUCUUCACUUAUGUUUUCAUUCUGGAAAUGCUUCUAAAAUGGGUAGCAUAUGGUUAUAAAACAUAUUUCACCAAUGCCUGGUGUUGGCUGGAUUUUCUAAUUGUUGAUGUUUCUUUGGUUACUUUAGUGGCAAACACUCUUGGCUACUCAGAUCUUGGCCCCAUUAAAUCCCUUCGGACCCUGAGAGCUUUAAGACCUCUAAGAGCUUUAUCUAGAUUUGAAGGAAUGAGGGUGGUUGUGAAUGCACUCAUAGGAGCAAUUCCUUCCAUCAUGAAUGUGCUACUUGUGUGUCUUAUAUUCUGGCUGAUAUUCAGCAUCAUGGGAGUAAAUUUGUUUGCUGGCAAGUUCUAUGAGUGUAUUAACACCACAGAUGGGUCACGGUUUCCUGCAAGUCAAGUUCCAAAUCGUUCCGAAUGUUUUGCCCUUAUGAAUGUUAGUCAGAAUGUGCGAUGGAAAAACCUGAAAGUGAACUUUGAUAAUGUCGGACUUGGUUAUCUAUCUCUGCUUCAAGUUGCAACGUUUAAGGGAUGGACAAUUAUUAUGUAUGCAGCAGUGGAUUCUGUUAAUGUAGACAAGCAGCCUGAAUACGAAUACAGCCUCUACAUGUAUAUUUAUUUUGUCAUCUUUAUCAUCUUUGGGUCAUUCUUCACUUUGAACUUGUUCAUUGGUGUCAUCAUAGAUAACUUCAACCAACAGAAAAAGAAGCUUGGAGGUCAAGACAUCUUUAUGACAGAAGAACAGAAGAAAUACUAUAAUGCAAUGAAAAAGUUGGGGUCGAAGAAGCCACAAAAGCCAAUUCCUCGACCAGGGAACAAAUUCCAAGGAUGUAUAUUUGACCUAGUGACAAAUCAAGCAUUUGAUAUCUCUAUCAUGGUUCUUAUCUGUCUCAACAUGGUAACAAUGAUGGUAGAAAAGGAGGAUCAAAGUGAAUAUAUGACUGGUGUUUUAAAUUGGAUAAAUGUGGCUUUUAUAAUCCUUUUCACUGGAGAAUGUGUGCUAAAACUGAUUUCCCUCAGACAGUACUACUUCACUGUAGGAUGGAAUAUUUUUGAUUUUGUGGUUGUGAUUAUCUCCAUUGUAGGUAUGUUUCUAGCUGAUAUGAUUGAAAAGUAUUUUGUGUCCCCUACCCUGUUCCGAGUGAUCCGUCUUGCCAGGAUUGGCCGAAUCUUACGUCUGAUCAAAGGAGCAAAGGGGAUCCGCACGCUGCUCUUUGCUUUGAUGAUGUCCCUUCCCGCGUUGUUUAACAUCGGCCUUCUGCUCUUCCUGGUCAUGUUCAUCUACGCCAUCUUUGGAAUGUCCAACUUUGCCUAUGUUAAAAAGGAAGAUGGAAUUAAUGACAUGUUCAAUUUUGAGACCUUUGGUAACAGUAUGAUUUGCCUUUUCCAAAUUACAACCUCUGCUGGCUGGGAUGGAUUGCUAGCACCUAUUCUUAACAGUAAGCCACCUGACUGUGACCCCAAAAAAGUUCAUCCUGGAAGUUCAGUUGAAGGAGACUGUGGUAACCCAUCUGUUGGAAUAUUCUACUUUGUUAGUUACAUCAUCAUAUCUUUCCUGGUUGUGGUGAACAUGUACAUUGCAGUCAUAUUGGAGAAUUUUAGUGUUGCCACUGAAGAAAGUACUGAACCUCUGAGUGAGGAUGACUUUGAAAUGUUUUAUGAAGUUUGGGAAAAGUUUGAUCCAGAUGCAACUCAGUUUAUAGAAUACAGCAAGCUCUCUGAUUUUGCAGCUGCCUUGGAUCCUCCUCUUCUCAUAGCAAAACCCAACAAAGUCCAGCUCAUUGCCAUGGAUCUGCCCAUGGUCAGUGGUGACCGGAUCCACUGCCUUGACAUCUUAUUUGCUUUUACAAAGCGUGUUCUGGGUGAGAGUGGAGAGAUGGAUUCUCUUCGUUCACAGAUGGAAGAGAGGUUCAUGUCUGCAAAUCCUUCCAAAGUGUCUUAUGAACCCAUUACAACCACACUAAAACGGAAACAAGAGGAUGUGUCAGCUACUGUCAUUCAGCGUGCUUAUAGAAGUUACCGAUUAAGGCAAAAUGUCAAAAAUAUAUCAAGUAUAUACAUAAAAGACGGAGACAGAGAUGAUGAUUUACUGAAUAAAAAAGAUACGGGUUUUGAUAAUGUUAAUGAGAACUCAAGUCCAGAAAAAACAGAUGCCACUUCAUCCACAACCUCUCCACCUUCAUAUGAUAGUGUAACAAAGCCAGACAAAGAGAAAUAUGAACAAGACAGAACAGAAAAGGAAGACAAAGGGAAAGACAGCAAGGAAAGCAAAAAAUAGAGCUUCAUUUUUGGUAUAUUGUUUACAGCCUGUGAAAGUGAUUUAUUUGUGUUAAUAAAACUCUUUUGAGGAGGUCUAUGCCAAAAUCCAUUUUAUCAAAAUAUUCUCAAAGGCAGUGCAAUCACUAACUAUGAUUUCCUAAGACAAGUAGGCAGCAUUAGCAGAUGGUUAUUUUUGCACUGAUGAUUCUACAAGAAUUGUAAGAGAAGUGUGUAGGAAUUACUGAUUAUAGGAAACAAAGGUGAUUUAAUUUUUUGGUAUUUAAUAAAUCAGAAGGCCAUGUAGAAAACUUUUACAUCUGCCUUGUUGUGUUUUCACAGGACUGUAUUCAUGUUUCCCAUGUAAACACACACACACA